AAGUGGAAUACAGUUGUGAAAGUAGUAUCAUUCUGCUUCAUGUUUGUGUUGCACCAGUGUUUCACAGGAUUCUGACGCAGGAGGUAGCCGCCAAUAAUCAGCACAAUGGCCGACAAUAAAUCUAAAACUGCAAAACUUACAAACAAGACAGCAGUGAGACAUAGCGAACAGGCGAAGGGUAAAGCACACAGUCGCCUCUCCUCCGAAUCCAAUGGGACCAGUGAAGGCGCGUCAGCACCAAAUGAACUGAGCGCACUUGAAGAAGCUUUCAGGAAGUUUGCUGUUCAUGGAGACACCCGAGCAUCAGGAAAAGAAUUGCAUGGAAAAAACUGGUCGAAAUUGUGCAAAGACUGUUGUGUCAUUGAUGGAAAGAAUGUGACUUUAACAGAUGUUGACAUUGUCUUCUCUAAAGUAAAGAAAAAACCUUGCAGAGCAGUCACCUUUGAUCAGUUUAAGGAAGCUCUUGGUGAACUUGCAAAAAAACGUUUUAAAGACAAGCCAGGGGAAGAAGCUGUUGAAGAGGUUUAUAAACUGAUUGAAGGAAAAUCUCCCAUCAUAUCUGGUGUAACGAAAGCCGUUGCUUCUCCCACAGUAUCACGGCUGACAGACACGUCAAAGUUCACUGGCUCCCAUAAAGAAAGGUUUGACGAGUCUGGAAAAGGGAAAGGAAAAGCAGGCCGAGAAGAAUUGGUAGACAUGUCUGGUUAUGUACCUGGGUACAAACAUGCUGGUACAUAUGCUCAAAAAGUGAAAGGAUCGAAACCAAUCUAGAAAUGUCUCUUUCUUAACACUGCUGUAUACAAGUUCCUGAUCUUUCCAGUGAGACAUUCUAAACAGUGCCACUCUUCAGCAAAAUUCCAGUUUAUAUCUGCCAAUAUAUUAUCAGGGUCCAGCGUUCCUAAAGACUAGCUAAUUGUAAACCAUAUAUGUGGUUUUAUUUAGAUGAAAUAACCACAAAAGACACAAAUCUUUUCAAUUAGCAAUCUUCUUCUGCCAUUUUCGUCAAAAACAGAGACACCACCUAAUGGAGAAGGACAUUUGUAAGAUUAGGAUGCCAGAAAUAGGAAGAAAAAAAAACGAUGAUCAUGUCAACAGAAGAUAACUACACCUACAAAUUACUUUUUUUUUUCUGUUUCCAUACUGUAUACAUUUACAAAGAGCUAUUUGCAAGAAGAAAUUGAAGGUUAAUGCAAGUAAGUGCAUGAAGUUCGAACAAUUCAGGUAUUUUUAUUGCUAACAUUUGUCAAACCUUUAAAAUGCCAUUUGUUUCCAAGUUGGACUGGACCGAAAUUAAACAUGUUUUUUUAUUAAAACAGUGAGUCAGAAUUUGUGGCUGGCAUUUGGGGUAAAGUAUUGUAUUUUUCUGUUAAGUCUCCUGUAAUUGGUUUCUUCAAAGUAUGUGUCCUGGUCAUAAGUAAUGCCAUUUUUAAUCGUUUAGUGUUUGGGUAAUUUUGUUAUUUGAAUAUAAAAAAGGAAAGAGUGUUCUUUAGCACUCACUGAAGCUAUUUUUAUGUCAAAUUUGCUGCAUUUCCAGUUAUAAACUUUGAUUAUAGUAAGUGGACCAGCCAGACCUGAAUUGCUUAGCUGCAAUUAACUGCAGUUCCAGAUAUAAAACACAAAUUCUUCCCAACCCAUUUAAAGCUUUCUGGUUCAAAAUGAUCAAAAUGUUGUGGCGUUACCUUGUUAAGUCGGAUUUAUUCCUACUAAAGGUAGCAGAGAUAUACAUAUUUGAAAGUCUAUUUUUCCAAUCUUUUAAUCCAAUAUAUUAAAAAAAAAUGUGAAUGA